AUGAAUUUAGAGGUUGGUGAGCUUUCAACAGUUACUUCUGAGCAAUUUGGCUUUAAGCCGCUUUUUUCUAAGCAAUUGGUUAAUUCCUACAAUGAAUCCUUGCCAUUUAAGAAGUUAAAUUGUCUUCAAAUCAACAGUGCUUAUAAGACUUUUAUAGCUUGCGGUGCAGGUGAAGUUGUUACCGGACAAUUGAAAGAGCUACAGCAGUUUGGAGAAGGUGCAGAAACAAAUUUUACACGGCAUAAAGUCAACAGUGGUGUACUCGCUGUAGGUUUUGCUGCAGAUAGUACUGUAUAUGCGACCUUAACGGGUGAACUAUGGAGCAAAUCGCUGAGAGCUAAUGAUGAAUGGAAGUUAUUGGAUGUUGGCCUUCCAGGUGCUAUUACUGCCAUGAAAUGUUUUGCAUGUUACGUAUUUGCUUGCGUAGAGGGAUCGAAUGAAUUGUACAGAGUCCAGCUGCCUCAAAAGACAACCUUAAAGAUUGCGGAGGGGAUAUGUGAUUUUGAUGUGCUAGAGGGUAAUCUAAUAUAUAUUCAAAAGAAUUACACUAUUGUCCAAGUGAAAACAUUGAACCCUACGAGUGUUGUACGUAAAUUCCAGGUGCCAGAAAACCUACGUGAGGAUGAUAAGCGACCUAUUGCCUUAUCGUACUUGUCUCAAGAGCAAGUAUUUCUAGUUCUAGGGAUCCCAACAGAAGCAGAAGAAGUUGAUGUUCAGUAUUCGCAUAGCAUGUACGUGUGUUCAUUGUCACAGAAGAGCAUACAAGAAAGUUUCGAUUUGGUACCUGCAUUCAGUACCGUGAAUCGCAAUCCAAUAUACUAUCACUCUACAUUGUACGAUUUUACACCGGAUACUAAGCGUUUGCAUAUUAUGGCUUCUUCUUGCUCUUCUGAAUUAUCACUAAUGAAUGACACAGAAGUUAUACAACCGUUACAAGACUCCGAUGGUGCAGUUUUACCUGUAAAUCCAGACACGGAGAAUGAUACCAAUGCCCUUGGACUAGCAAUUGAUGUUGUGACCAAGACACAGGUCCUUGAACCAUGUGAAGGUGUUGAUUCCACUACUGAGCUACCCGCAAUAUAUGUAUUAACAAAUUUGGGCGUUCUACAAUGCUGGUCUCUAUUUCAUAAAGGUGCUUUAAAAAGCGGCACUCUUUCCUUGAAAGAAACUACAGCACGUCUCACAAAUGAACAGUCCACGGAUCAACUAAAAAGUGGCGAACAUGCGACUGAAUUGCAACCUACCAGUUUGUUAAAGGAAACGGAUUCCAUACGUUCCACGACCUCGAAACCAAUUCAUGGAUCCGGUGGCUACAGUGCAAAUUUUGCUGCACCAUCUCCAUUCUCUUCACUUGCAUCUUCUACAGCCUCUCCCAUAGAUAAAGAUAAUUCUGGUAAGCAAGCGUUUGCUUCAACUCCAUUUAGUGGGGCCGGUAAAGAAUCUCCUUUUGCGACGUUAUCUAAAAAUCCCACAUCUGCUUCUGCUUUGCCAGGUUUUGGACAAACUUCCUUUGCGCUUCCUGAUUCCAAGGGGUCUUCCCUUGCACCAAAUCAAUCUGUAGGUACCGGAACACCUGCUUUUGGAAAACCUGCGUUUGGUAAGCCUUCCUUUGGCUCGAUGACUGCCAAUUCCGAACCGUCCGCAUUUGGGAAAUCAUCGUUUGGCUCUCCAACUACUGCUGCCACCACUGCAUCUGCUUUUGGAAAACCAUCAUUCGGUUUCCAAAUGAAUAGUUCAGAGCCUGCUUUUGGGAAGCCUGCUUUUGGGUCUCAACCUCCUACUACCCAGAGCCCAUUUGGUAAGCUGAGCAAUGCCCCCAGUUCCAAAAAUACAACUGUAGAACUGGGUACUCCAACAUCUGGUGCAUCAGUAUUUGGAAAACCAUCAUUUGGAAUGUCAACAUCUUCAAUUGAUUCUUCUUUUGCUAAGCCGUCAUUUGGUACUGCGACGUCAUCAACUGAUUCUCCGUUUGGCAAGCCCUCCUUUGGAACUGAUACAGCCGCAACUGAUUCUCCGUUUGGCAAGCCCGCCUUUGGAACUGCCACAACCGCAACUGAUUCGCCCUUCGGUAAACCCUCCUUUGGAACUGCAAAUGAUUCCCCGUUUGGAAAAUCGCCAUUACAGCAGAAUACUAGUUCCUCCUUAUUUGGAAAGUCCUUUAAUUCAAUGGGAACUGCUUCGCCAUUUUCUGUAUUAAAAGGGUCUGAAGAAAAUUCACAACAGUCGACAACAAAAGAUCAUACUAUUGCAUCAAAUCAUGAUACCAGUAAUAAAGAUGACAAGAAAUUGGACUCAAAUGCAAGUCCGUUCUCGGUUUUGGACAUUGCGUCAACAUCAGACAAAUCAGACGGACAGUCAAGCGAUAUGAAGGUGAGCAGCUCUAAUAAGAAUAGUGAUAUCAAUAGUAAUGAAGAAAAGAUGGAGGAUGACGGUAAGCAAUCCAGUUCUUCACUUGCUAACCUUGCAAGUUCACCAGAAAGUUUGGAGAGGCAGUCUAGUGAUGCUAAAAUAAACAGUUCCACUAAUGAUAGUACGGAAAACCAAGUUGCCAUGAAGCAUGGCGAACCAUUGUCGAUAAACUCAUUGACAGCUCGUAUUAAGAAGGCUGCCAAUAUUUCUAGUAGUGAAAUUUCCAAUUCAGUAGUAAAGGAUGACAGUCCUGAGGGUAAAAAUACGGCGAGCUUUUCAUUUGCUGAGUUUUCAAAUAGCUUGAAACCGGAAAGUUCAAUGAAGCACGCUCCCGCUUUAAGUUUUGAUUUAAUGAAAAGUAAACUUCGUGAUUACGAUUCUGAAAAUGAUUCUGAUUCUAGUGAAGAUGCAGAAAGCGCCAGCGAUUCUGAAGAUGACGACGAUGAGCGGUCUGUUGGAAAUUCUGACGAGGCUGAUAUCACGACGGCGGAUGAUAUUGAGAAAACAGCUGCAUUCGUUAAUGAAGAAGUUACCUCAUUUGUAUCAAAACCUAAAGGUAAUUUAGUAAAAAGCAGCCUACCUAAUGAGUUGGAAAAGAACAAGCAGCCAUAUUUUGCAGAAAAGACUCCAGAAAGAACAGUUCAACAGGAAUCUCUACAGGGUGGAAGUAGUGCAACAAAUCAGCAGAUCGCAGUCCCUAAGAGUGAAACUCAAACACCACAACCCUCUCCUAUAGGGCAAGAGCACAUGACCUCUGGGAAAAGCUCUAACUGGAAUACAGAACCCAAAUUUCAAAAACUUCCAGACACAGAUGAUAUACCAUCAACUAUGAGUACUCCAGAAUUCCUAAAUUCGGCACCAAAACUUUCGCCCCAAAGAACGUUGUCAAAACAACCAGUAAUUCCUACACCUUCUAAGACAGAUAUUCAGCAACAGUGUCCAAAAACUGAUAAUGGUUCUAACGAAGAUAUGAAUUCCUUGGAACAAAGCUCUUCUCCUGUGCCAAUGAAGUCCUUUUAUAUUGGUGCCGAUACUAAGAAAGUAAAAUUAGUUUCGAAGAAUCCUAUCGUCAAUUCCAUGGAAAAAACAUACCAUUAUAUUGAGGCAGAGAUUGAAGUAUUACAAGAAAAUCUAACCAAUCUUGGUGAAUUUAUUGAUGACCAAAGUAAGAUUCCUUAUGAGAAAUCCCUAAAAUCAUUAAACUGCAUCCCCAGCUGGAGGCUAAGUGAGGUUCAAAGGUUGAUUAAAAUAAUGACAGAUAAUGCCAAUGAACUCAAGCAACAUCAAGAUAAAGUAAGGAAUUUGGACAACGAAUCUAACAUCGAUUGCAAAACAAUGGAAAAGAUGCAAACUAUGCUAAGAGAUUAUUACCUACAUCUCGAAUAUUUUAACAAAGAAUGCGAUAAUGAUUUACGUAACAUAUCAUUACCUCAAAUUACAAUGCAGACAAAAUUGCGCUCUAAGUUAGCCAAGGUAAAUGACUGGUUGAGGACGAUACUAGAGUUGCUGCAACUAAUGAAACUAUAUACCAUAAAAGACAAGGCUGAAAAUAUGGCAAUAGUGCGCAAGCUGGUUAACGACAGCAUUGAAAGGGGUACACUUUUAGAGAAUAUCCAGUCGUUAAGAAACGACAUAUCUAAACUAAGUGAAGACAAAUCUAAAAGAGGCUUGCCAUCGGAUAAAUCCUUACAACCCAGCUUAACCAGUGGGCCGAUAGUUAAAAAAUCAAUGGAGAUUAACGUGCGUAAACAACUGGGUUUGUUCUUCAAAUCACAAAUUAAAUAG